AUGUCGUUCAGCAACAAGGUCGAGAUGCUGCUCCACCACGCCAACAACACCACAGAGCGCGCCCUGCCGUUGACGCCACCCGCCCAGUUGGACUCGCCGCCGUCUUCAUCUCCAUCUUCUUCGCCCAACUGCCCGGCAUCACCUUCUUCUUCCGGCUCCGCCACGGAGGCCGCCAACACCUUCGUCGCUGCCUCCACCAUCCAGAACGAUUCGUUCCAGGUCAGCAUCACGACGCAGCCACCGUUGAAGACGGUCUACCAGCGCAUUCUCAAGCCGUUCCCGACCGUCACGCUCACCGUGGCGGCCCCGCCCAAGAACCACAAGUCGAGCCGACGACGAAGCCGAAGCAGCCCGCUCUCCGACGACGAAGGCGAUGACGCCGACGGCAACAACGUCGCGCCCAAGGCCGAAGGCGAGCUCGAGCUAGGCUGCGCCGACGUGCUGGAGACCCUUCUGGCCAACAGCUCGAACAGCUCGUCCAAUGGGCUCUUCGUCGAGGCCACGCUGCUGCGCGGAGACAAUGGCGAGCCGAUCUCCAAGUGCCUCGACGGCAACUCCAUCGUGCGCUUCGAGAAAAACCCCUGGUCCGAAGGCGUGUACACGGCCACGUUCAAGAAGCUGAAGAUCUUGUCUACGUCGCAGCAGCUGCAGGGCAUCCUCUUCCGCCUCAAGUUCACCCUCAAGAAGUACGCCGGCAGCAACUUCACCCCGAUCGCCGUGCCCCACUGCGAGGUCGUGUCGCACCCGGUCGAGGUCUUCUCCCACUCCCAGUACCUCAACAAGAAGGCGCCCAAACCGGGCACGAGCAGCGCGAACACCAGGAAGGAGUUCAAGGACAUCGUGAAGAAGAUGGACGGCAAGAAGGUCCAGGGCGCGCUCUUCAGCGUGCUCCAGGCCUUCAAGGACCAGGGCGGCUCCCGGUCCUCCGUGCUCGACGUCGUGCAGCAGGUCUACGGCGGCGACGACAACAGCGACGCCAAGGCGCGCGGGCCUUCGCGCAGGAUGAGCGCCCCGUCGUCGACAUCUCAGUCCUACGUCAACCCGCACCAGCCACAACUGGUCAUGACGGCCCCGGCCCUGUCCCUGGCGGCGCCGACCACCACCGGCGCCCUUGGAGACGCGGGCAUCACCGCAUCGGCUGUGGAGGCCCAGUUCCUCAACGAGCUCCUGGGCAAGCUCCAGAUCGGCGCGAUCUCGCUCGACGACUUCGUCAACCACCUGAUCCAGGGCCUGGGCCAGUCGCGCGCCGGCCAGCUGUUGGCCCAGAUGGGGCUCGGCGUCAACAUCGAGGCCCCGGCCGCCGUUCCGUCGCUCGCCGGCUUCCCCUCUGCCGCAGUGCUGCCCUCGUUUCCCAGCAACAGCGCGCUCGACUCCUCCAACUCGCUCGCGGCCAUUCUCAACGCGCUGGCCCACCAGCAGACCCAGCUCGCCCAGCUCCAGGCCGUGCAGCAGAGCCAGCAGCUCAACAGCGUCAACCCGUUCCUCCACCAGCAGCUCCACCAUCAGCAGCAGCAGGCCCAGCUCCAUCAGCAGCUCGCAGCCGCGGCCGCAGCGUCGUCGGUACCGGUUAUGCCCAAGCCGCGCCGGCUCAGCAGUCCGCAGGUGGCGUCUGCCUUCUCGCCCACCUCGACCUCGACCACCUCCACAUCGUCGUCAUCGCCGCCGGCCACCGCCGGAAACAGCGGCGGAUCGCUGCUGCACGCGCUCCCCUCGGUCUCGCUGCCGUCGUCGGCGGUCACCACCCCGUCGUCGGCCUCGUCGUCCCUCUCUACGCUCGCCGACGCCAUCUCGUCGCACCUCCACAUGCAGCCGCAGCCGCAGACCACCUCCACCCCCUCGUCCUGCUCGACGCCGAUCACGACGACCCAGACCACUCCGCUCCUCCCCCUCUUGCCGUCGCUCGUGGACCACAUGAACUCUUUCUCGUCGUCGGCCGCGUCGACCAGCGUCGUCCUGCCACCGAUCGCGUCCACCCUCGCCGCCGCGUCAUCGUCGUCGGCCGGACCCUUGCCUUCGCUCUUCUCCCUCUGCUCGCUGGCGUCGGCCAUCGACAGCUCUGCGGCCGCCGCGCCCGCGCCCGACCAGUCUUCGUCACGCGGACACAAGCGAAGCUUCGAGGCCAUCGACGUCUCGCCCGCCGCGGGCGCAUCACCCUCGGCCGCGCCGCCCUCGCCCAACAAGACUGCCAAGCGCGAAGGCGACUCGUCGGCUUCGUCGGCGUCGGCAAGCGAGGAGAAGAUGCAGUGGUACUGGAAGAACAACUCGACGUGGGAGCCCUAUGCCGAGGGCGUCUCGGCGCAGCUCGAGCGCGCGCACAAGAACCAGACGACGUGCAUCCUGGUCCUGCACGACGUGCCCUACAAGAUGGACUUCCAGUCCAUGACCCAGCAACGCACCGACAACCCCAAGAGGUGGAAGCACAUCAGGAGGGGAGAGGAGAACUGA